UUCUGCUUUUGUUCGUUCUCUUUCCCUACAUGUGUAAUUGUUUUUGAUUGCGGAACAGUGUAGUACAAAGGCGGAGGAGGCUGUUUCGUGCCUAGUCAAACUUGUGGAAUCAUUCAGACAGACAUCAAAUAUGUUUUUACUUGAGACAGAAUCGCUGGACUGUAUGAGUGAUCUUUUCGAAAGCGGAUUUGCGGUGAAUGGAGGUUUCGAUGCUUGUGGACAGUCCCCUGCACAUUUAGCGGCAUUCGGAGGACAGGCUUUCUGCUUGCUUUGGCUGCUCCAAACAGGUGCUGAUGCAAACCAACAGGAUGCAAGUGGAGAAACACCGAUGCAUAAAGCAGCCAGAGCGGGCAGUCUGGAGUGCAUAAGCGUGCUGAUGGCAAGUGAUGCUCAAGUCAACAUUUGCAACAACGCUGGGCAGACCGCUGAAGAUAUUGCGUGGUCUUGCAGGUUUGAGGAAUGUGGGAAGUUUUUAAACAUGCACCGCAGAACACGGGACUUGAGAAAUGUCUCAUCGUUCGUUGAGCGAAACGCACCAAGCGGCACUCUUGUGGGACAUAAGCGAGGCCGCGCUAACUCCGAUGCACAAGAUGGAAAGAAAGCACGGGACUGGUGAUGAAUGUUCACAUGAAGUGAAAGAAAUUUAAGUAGUAUCCAUGCCGGCUGUUCAGCCACUGCAGAACUAUUAAGUGAAUGGUGUAUUGGUAUGCCGACCGAGUAUAAAUAACCUGUGGAUAUUUGGCAUUAACACUACAGUAGUUUCAACGGUGAAAAUCAAUGGACCCUGCUCUGGGCUCAGUGGUUUGGGGUCUACAAACGAGAAGAAUGCAUGCUGAAGCUGGCAUAACUGUUCUGAAAGCAGCAUGCUAUGCGCACACCUAAGGCAAAGCAGAAUUUAAAAAGGGAGAUUGCAACUGUAUCACUGGAAACAGUAUAGCGCUAAAUUAGAUCACAUGUGCCUUGUAAAUCAAGCAUACAAAGACCCUAAUAUCAAUGAAAGGCUUUCCGAGUUUUGUGACAGUCUGUUACCAUUAGCAGA